CAUAACGUGUAUGGUAAAUCGCGGAGUUUUGCGCAAAUCCCCUUGCUUUUCAUUAGUCCUGGCGUUAUCUAGUUGGCCUUGUGGCCCUGUCGAGGCCAGGCUGGCCACUGCCACGGACAGACGGACUGAAAGUCGUGGUUAUAAUUAAAGCCUAUUAACCAGCGCGACCAGCUCGCUUAGAUCGUAGCAUUAGUUACUUCCUGCAGCUGCAUUUGUAACCUACCUAACUCAUUACCUUCUCGCACAGCCAUGACGCUUACAGGGCAAGAUGUGAAUAGCCACGGGGCUAAAAGUCCUACAACGGAAGCUGUACGAGCUUGUUGUAAGAAGAGCGCUUGUGCAGAUCAAUUGCAAGAUGGUAACACGGCUGGGCAGAUGGCGAACGCUAAGCAGCUUCCCGCUGGUGUCAACAUCAGCACCAUGGAGGUAGCUAGCGGGAAACCACCUCUCGGCGAUCGCAGCCCCGGCUCCGGCCCUGAAACGUCGCAAUACGAGACCCCGCAGGGGAACGGGUAUAACGAAGUACAGACGCGGCAGUGCCCAGGUGGGCCAGAGCCUGGGCGCCAGGCAUGUGCUGAACCUAAUAUUCCAAGCAGCUGCGACGGCGGCAGCAGGGACCGCGAAGAUGAGCAGCGUCCAGACGGCAGUGGUGUUGGGCCGCCGUCCUGUGACGCAGGCAAGGGAGCUUGCGCGGAGUCCUCGUGUGCUAGUGACUGCGAAGACAUUUGUAAACGAGCCGACAUGCCCGCAUGUCAAGGCAACGACAGCUCCCCUGGAGGAAUAUUCCAGGAGGCUGUGCCGGACGAGCAGCUCGAUGGUGCAGCAACGCAGCAGGCGAAUGGCCCGCAUGGCACCCCAGAUCAGCCCAUGAGCGAUGUUACGGGCGACAAGGCUACAAGCAACGGCAAAUCCCACAGCCGCAGUCACAGCCGCAGCCGAGACGACAGGUCAAGCCGCGGCCGCAGCAGCGCUAGCCCAAGGCAUGCGCCCGCACCUGCCCCCGACGGCUCGAGUGACGACCCCAGUCCCGGCUCCGGACGACCUCUCAAGGCCCACAAAUCCAAAACGAAAUCCAAAUCCAAGUCGAAGCCAAAACCCAAGUCCCGGUCACGGUCACGGUCGCGAUCUGGGUCACCGGGGUCGGAUUUGGAUUCCAAGCCUGGAUCGAGCAAGCGCGCCCGCAGUUCCAAAACCGCCUGCCCUGACGGCGACGACGGCGCCUCCGACCCACAUCGCGGUCGCGACCGGGACCGUCGAGCCGGGCAUGAGGACUCCGGGGCAAGGAGUCCAGCGAACCGCCAUGGCGACAAGGGCCGGGACCGCUCACGUUCACGUUCACGUUCGCGAGGAGAUCGGGGCCGCCGGGAUCGCAACAGCCGCCGGAAAAGCCACAGCCGCAGCAGGAGCAGGAGCCAUAGCAGGAGUCGCAGCAGCAGCAGGAGCAGGAGCCGCAGUCCGAGUCGGGCGCAGGAGCGAGGCAGGGAGCGGGACGGAAAGCGGGACCAUAGGGAUUCAGUACGGCACUGCGCUUCAUGCGAGAAGAGGCGGCGCAGCGGCUGAGUAACAUCAUUCCGGCGCGCACCAUCACCACCGCCGCCAGUGCUCCCGCGCUGCCGCUGCCGCUGCGCUCGUUCGGGUCAGCAGGCCCGGCGGUGGCACCGCUAACGCACCCCUCCCUCCCCAGCCCCCAUGCCACUACCGGUACUUCCCC